AUGGUGAUGGAGCUGUUCUACGAGGCACAUCCGGAGCUGAGCAAUGUUACCGGAGGACAUUGGUACACCCCGCCGACGACCUCUGUCGCUCCGCCGGCUCCAAAUACGACUAGUAUACCAUCCACUACGCCCACUCCUCCCAACGCUACCGUACCCCCCACCAACACGACCGGCACUCCGAUUUUGACCACGGCUUCGAAUACCACUAGUAAUACGCCCAUUACUUCCGGGCCCCCGCCGACAGCGAACAGUACAGCCGCGCCAACCCCACCAACUACGAGCAGUCCCACGACUCGCCACAUGUCCACCCGUAUGGCCUUCAUCAUGGUGUUGCUUGUGGUGGUCAUCUACUGCUGUGCCAUGGCCGCAAUGGUGUAUCUGGGGUUGCGAAAGCGGAUGGAGAAGAGCCAGACAAACCAGCCCUCGCUACUGCAAAAGGUGGACGAGUCGAAGCAGAAGAAGCGCCUGUCACGAUCGUCGAAGUCAAGCGGGAAGAGCUCGCGAAGCAGCGGCCGCACAACGACGCGCUCGGACAAUGACAAAGUGGCGCCGUCGGACCGUCAAAUGGAGAAUAGGGAACCCACGCAGCGCUCGCUGGGCCCCGGCACCGAGAAGGAGAUCCCUCGCAAGGCUCCCACCCAGGAAUCGGUGCAUAUGACCCACUCGCAAAAGCAGAAGCGCCUCCCGAAUGGGAUGCGCACCGUCUCCGCCAAGCCCACCGUCAUCAAC